AUGGACUGGAUGCUGUUGCUCAUCUUUAUCACGGUCCAUCCAGAAUCCUGUGCUCUCUGGGUGUCCCAGCCCCCUGAGAUUCGUACCCAGGAGGGUACCGCUGCCCUUCUGCCCUGCUCCUUCAAUGCCAGCCAAGAGAGACUGGCCAUUGGCUCCGUCACGUGGUACCGGGAUAAGGUGGCCCCAGGGAAGGAGGUGAGGAACGGGACUCCCGAGUUCAGGGGCCGCCUGGCCCCUCUUGCCUCUUCCCGCUUCCUCUCUGACCACCAGGCUGAGCUGCACAUCUGGGACACCCGAGGCAGUGAUGCUGGAGUCUACGUGUGCAGGGUGGAGGUGCUGGGCCUGGGUGUCGGGACAGGGAAUGGGACUCUGCUGGUGGUGGAGAAAGGAUCUCCUGGGCUAGGGGCCCUUGCAGUCCUCCUCCUCCGGGCUGGAUUCUAUGUCUUCAGCUUCCUCUCUGUGGCCAUGGGCAGCACCAUCUAUUAUCAAGGCAAAUGCCACUGUCACAUGAGGACACACUGCCACAGCUUGGACAGCCUCUGA